AUGCGGCUCCUGGGGAUGAUGUCAGCGGCUCAUGAUGUGGUUCCACUGGGCCUGCUUCACAUGAGAUGGCUUCAGAGAUGGUACACAAAGAUCGGAUAUGCAGGAAACACGGAGCCACAGUUCAUCAUACCAUCCUGUAUUGCCAUCAAGGAGUCGGCCAGUAUUGGAGAGCAGGCCCAGAGGAGACUCGUACGGGGCGUAGAGGACCUGGACUUCUACAUUGGAGAUGAAGCUAUAGACAAACCCAACUAUGCAACCAAGUGGCCGAUCCGCAACGGGAUGGUGGAGGACUGGGAUCUGAUGGAAAAGUUCAUGGAACAGAUCAUCUUCAAGUACCUGCGGGCUGAACCUGAAGACCACAGCUUCCUCAUGACAGAACCUCCUCUCAAUACACCGGAGAACAGAGAAUAUCUGGCUGAAAUCAUGUUCGAGACUUUCAACAUACCCGGACUCUACAUCGCAGUACAGGCAGUUCUCGCGUUGGCCGCGUCGUGGACGUCCCGUCAGGUGGGGCAGAGGACUCUGACCGGCAUUGUUAUAGACAGCGGAGACGGAGUGACUCAUGCCAUCCCUGUGGCUGAGGGCUACGUGAUUGGCAGCUGUAUAAAGCACAUCCCAAUAGCAGGGCGGGACAUCACCUUCUUCAUCCAACAACUACUCAGAGACAGAGAGGUGGGGAUUCCUCCAGAGCAGUCUCUGGAGACUGCCAAAGCUGUCAAGGAGCGAUACUGUUACAUCUGUCCAGACAUUGUGAAGGAGUUCACCAAGUACGACUCUGAUCCAGGAAAGUGGAUCAAACAGUACAAAGGCAUCAACGCCGUCAAUAAGAUGGCCUUCCACAUUGAUGUGGGUUAUGAGCGCUUCCUGGGACCUGAAAUCUUCUUCCACCCUGAGUUUGCUAACCCAGACUUCAUGCAGCCAAUCUCUGAUGUGGUCGAUGAGGUCAUCCAGAGCUGUCCAAUUGACGUGAGGAGGCCGCUGUACAAGAACAUCGUCCUCUCCGGAGGAUCUACCAUGUUCAGAGACUUCGGGCGGCGGCUGCAGAGGGACCUGAGGAGGGUGGUGGACGCCCGGCUGAGGCUGAGCAAAGAGCUGAGUGGAGGACGGAUAACGCCGAAGCCGAUAGAGGUUCAGGUCAUCACGCAUCACAUGCAGCGUUACGCCGUCUGGUUCGGAGGCUCCAUGUUGGCGUCCACGGACCUGCGUCCCGGUACCGGUACCGGAGCAGCAGGAACCGGAAGUGAGGACAAACGUGCGCGGCGCGCCUUCAAGGAAGAGGAAGAGGAGGAGGAGGAGGAAGCUCGCGCCAAGAUGAGUGAAAGCGGCACUCAGGUGAGUGUUCAUCCCGCAGAUCUUGUGGAGGACCUUGUUGCUCUGAUCUCCAGUUCCAUCCUAAACAUUUCUAGAUGA